AUAAUAAUCUCCGAUUAAUUUCCGCCAUGCGCGACAUCUCAUCUCUCCUCCGCUUCCUAUCCCGCGCUCUAUCAAUGAACCGCUCCUUCCAGUUCCAAUUCGGUCCCUCGAACGGAUGGAAUGGCAGCGGCGGCGGCACCUCCCCGUCGCCAAACUCCUCGCGGAAUUUCGUCGCCCACAGCUUGUAAUCGCCGGAGGAGGAUAGCCUCCGGAGGCUGCCACACACGCAUUCCAUCGCCGCUAUCGUUGUCCCCGGCACCAUAGCUAUGAUUGCGAUAUUGAGUUCGUCCGGUAGGGUGGAGAAGGAGCUGGGCCCUGCCAUUCCGGCCUCCUCCGAGAUAUCGAUCAGCAAAGGGUGACACAUUCCAUCCUUGAUCUUUCUCCGAAAUUCCGAUAGGUCCCGGCGAUGAACUGCUGCCGCGAGUUCUCCGCUCUUGUCCAAGCACAGGCUGUGCUGAUUGGAAUCUUUGCGGACCAGAUGGCCGUCACAAGGUUUCCACUAGCCUGGAACUCGACUUGUACCAACGGCGGCCGCGGCGGCUUCUGAAUCCCAUCAUUAUUGGCAAGGAGGGCAGGAAGAGUAUAAUAGGAGGUAGAGUAUUGACGAGAAUCGGAUCAGGUGUUGGAGGACUUACCAAUUGGUGUUUCGGCGCUGUAAGCCACGAAGCCCGAUUCGAGGAAUGUGGCGUGGAUUUCGUCGGCCAAGAGCUGAGGCGCCAUGCUUAACGAAGACGUCAGCCAAACCUCCAUGGUGAAGCAUAUGCACUGCUAUGCUCUGGGAGAUAAGGAUUCUAUUUGUGGGAUGUAGAUGCAGUAGAGCUCUGUUCCCACCAAGCAAAUUUUGUCUGUUUGAGCCUCGUUGUGGCAUGUAUGAUAUCAGAGGUUGGUACAUUGAAACAUUUGGUCAGGACAGAAAAGGUCACUGGUCACACAGUGACAUCAACGAGAUAUUGGAAUGGCUGUGAUGGAAGUGAGCUAAAUGACAAGAUGAGGAGAUUGGGUGGAGCCACUGGUGCUAUUGCUGAGGGUACUCUAGUAAUUUGAGCAUCUGGCUCUUUGAGUUUAACAUACUCGAAGAACCUGCAGUGGAUAUGAAAUGUAUACUCAUUGACAUUCGGUUGUGGGGACUAUUGCUAACCUUACCACAAGCUGCUCUUCGUGCCUGGUUUGCUCGCCCUGAAUUGCGGCGAUUUUCAGAAAACCAUAUGGUUGUGUGAGUGUUUUUCAGAACCAUUAUGUCAAUUGUUGAAGUUCUGUUUUCUGGGUGUGUUCCCACA